AUGACCCAGACCUGGGAGGAGUCUCGGAACGAUCUGUGUGACGAAACCCAACACCCCGCUCUUCUCCAGUUGCUUGCCAACUCCCUCGUGCUGUCCCAGACAGCACCGUAUCUCUCCUGCUACGAUGUCCUGAACCUCGCCGCCACGGCGCGGGCCUUCCGCUUUCUCGUCUACCACACCCCCAACGUUUUCCGACGGCUGGUGCUGAGCAACGUGAAGACAGCCAAGUUUGAGAUCGAUGCCAUCGAUCGAGGCGGAGAAACUUGGCGCAAUGUUCAGCUGGACGAAAAUCUGACUGAAGAAGACUUCUACUCCGGACCCCUCCGUGGCAUAUUUUCCACCCUCCGCCGCACCGACAUCCUGCGGGAUGUGCAAGUCCUCUCUCUCGACGGCCUGUCCGUCACAGCUGAGCUGGUCCACGACAUCCUCAUCGACCCUUCCUUCUCUGUCCGGAUCUUGUCCAUCCGCGGCGUCAGGAACAUGAACGAGAAGACGCUCCGCAGCGCCCUGCAAUACGCAUGCCGCGACUCCCGGCCCGAGGGGAUGCCCCGCCUCAAAGCCCUCUACGUGUUUGGUCCUGUCGACAAGGCGCCGCCAGCGGCACCAGCCCCGCCCCAGGGAAGCCGCAGCCCUUCCCCAUCGAGUCCAGGCGCAGUCGGCGCGGCUUGGAACAGCCAAAGCCCGAAGUUGCUACCGGCCGCCCCUGUCCAGAAGCCGGUUGAAGAACCGGAACCCUGGUACGUCCGCCGCGGCGAGCAGUUCGCAGGCCGGAUCAGUCCCGAAUGGGCAUCCACACUCGUCGCCUGUGCCGGGGUCAUCUCCUUCGACUCCGUCCUAUGUACCGGACCCAGACACUUCAACUCUUGCGCCUGGGGCACCGUCAACAUCGAAGCUCUCGACGCCGCCUCUUCCUCCGCCGUAUCCCCCAGCGCAGCCAACUUCAGCGUAGCCACGCACAGUCUCGGCGGGUGCACCUCAUGCGGCGCAGCUCCCGAAGGGUGGACCGUCUGGGGCGAAGAGGUCUACGCCAGCAAGCGGGACGCCGACGGCAGGCGGACGAGCGAAAGCUGCAUGGCUGAUCUUGCGCGGUUCCCACUGCUGGCGCCGCCGCCGAUGCAUUCGGCGAGUUUGCGGGUUGCUAUGUGUCCGGCUGGGCAGACGGUGAGGUCGCGGUUGCCGUUUGUGCAGGUUGGGAAGCAGAAGGUGGCGAGGUUUAUACCGCGGUGCUUUGAUUGUAUUCGGGACCGGUACUGUGUGGGGUGCCAUAAGUGGUGGUGUGAGUCGUGUUAUCUUGGGCCGAGGGCUGUGUCGCCUGCUGGACACGCAGGAUCAGGCCCUGAUUCGGCUCAUGUCUCAAAGAGCUGCUGGGAAUGCGGUAUGAAUUGCAAGGAUUGCAUCGACGGCACCCAGCGGGUAUGCAAGAGAUGCGGAGGCGGUUACUGCCUCAUUCAUAACGAAGGCUCCAACCUGGUUGCGGUACGUUUAUUCCCCCCCUAG